AUGCUCCGAAUAGCUUUUUCACGAACAUGUAGAUCGAUGAGCAUCGCUUCUCCUUCUUCUGUAUCAGAAAGCGAUACAUCCGUUCGAAAAAUUGGUAAAGCAUUGGAAACUUAUCUGAAAAACAGCCAACAACACGUAGCAAUGAUGGAGAAACAUAGGACAGAGUUCGAGACAGGGCGGCGUCACCUUGCAAAAAUGAUGAGUCUUGAUAUUCACGAACUUGAUCAAGAAGCCAUUGACAGGGCAAUUCAAUAUUUGUUCCCAUCUGGUCUCACUGAUCCAAACGCUCGCCCAGUAAUGCGACCUCCAGAUGAAAUUCUUCCAAAGUUUCAGCGAUUCACGUUCGACGAAGAAGGAAAGCCAGAAGGCACUCGUUUUUUCACUCUGAACCCAAAAAUAUACGGACUUAUGUCUGAAAUCGGAGUAAAAACCCAAUCAGUUAUGAAAUUUUAUGAUGAACACGUAGGAAGUCGUUCUGUAAAUCGUAAUGAUCUGGAACCGGCAAAUCUUAGCGGUUCUCAAUGGAUUACUGCCGACAAAAUGAAGAAAAAGUUGUCUGAGAAAUUCUCAAACGAGCUUUACGGACAAGUUAUCAUUGCUUUCGAGCAUCUUGCAUCACUCCCUGGGUCAGCUAUUGAGCAGAAAUUUCUAUCUGAGUUCCGAGAACCAAUGACUGCGUCAACUGGCUCAAAGUUAUUUGGACCUGCUAUUCCAGAAGUUCAAAUCUGUGCAGAGUCGAACAAAAGAUAUGCUGAAGUCACAACACACUGUAAGGAUACGCGUGCCACAGUCCGAGUGACCGAUGCUGGAAAGGGGAAAUAUAAUAUUGACGGUCUUCAGCUGCAUGAUUUCAGACAUUUGCAAGCCAGAGAAAUUCUUCUUGCUCCAAUGAUCAUCAGUCAAACACUGGGAAGAUUUGACGUAGCAGCAACGACUUCUUGUAUUUCGAAUAGCCUUCCGGAAGCCCCAAACAGAGAGCCAUUAAGACGAAGCGGAGGAAUGAGUGCGUUACCUCGUGCUGUUCGUCACGGUGCUGCUUUAUGUGUUGCUGCUUUACAUCCAGAAUCAACUGAAUCACUAAGGCUAUCUGGACUACUCACUCUGGACCCACGUAAAAAUGAGAGAAGCAAAGUAAAUCAACCAGGUGCCCGUGCUAAAUGGAUCUGGAAGCGUCGCUGA